AUGUUAAGAUUUGCAUCAUCUUCCUCUCUUAGACAAUCUCUAAAGCAAACCACCCAAAUUAGAACCAUCGCACAUAAGGAACUUAAGUUUGGUGUCGAAGGUAGAGCUGCACUUUUGAAGGGUGUUGAAACAUUAGCAGACGCUGUUUCUGUCACCUUAGGUCCAAAGGGUAGAAACGUUCUUAUUGAACAACCAUUUGGUGCUCCUAAGAUUACCAAGGAUGGUGUUACUGUUGCUAAGUCCAUUGUUUUGAAGGAUAAGUUUGAAAACUUGGGUGCCAAGCUUUUACAGGAUGUUGCCUCCAAGACAAAUGAAUCUGCCGGUGAUGGUACCACUUCUGCUACCGUCUUGGGUAAAUCUAUUUUCUCUGAAUCUGUCAAGAAUGUUGCUGCUGGCUGUAACCCAAUGGAUUUGAGAAGAGGUUCUCAAGCUGCAGUUGAAUCUGUCAUUGAUUUCUUAUCACAGCACAAGAGAGAAGUCACCACCUCAGCUGAAAUUGCACAAGUUGCUACUAUCUCUGCAAACGGUGACUCUCAUAUCGGUAACAUGUUGGCUAGCGCAAUGGAAAAAGUCGGUAAGGAAGGUGUUAUCACCAUCAAGGAAGGUAAGACUUUAGAAGAUGAAUUGGAAGUAACUGAAGGUAUGAGAUUUGACAGGGGUUACAUCUCUCCUUACUUUAUCACCGAUGCUAAAUCUGGUAAGGUGGAAUUUGAAAACCCAUUACUAUUAUUGUCUGAAAAGAAGAUUUCCUCAAUUCAAGACAUCCUACCUUCGUUGGAAAUUUCUAACAAAAUGAGAAGACCACUUUUGAUUCUGGCUGAAGACAUUGAUGGCGAAGCUUUAGCUGCAUGUAUCUUAAACAAAUUAAGAGGACAAGUCCAAGUUGCUUGUGUCAAGGCGCCAGGUUUUGGUGAUAACAGAAAAAACAUUCUAGGUGAUAUUGCUAUUCUAUCCGGUGGUACCGUUUUCACUGAGGAAUUGGACAUCAAGCCUGAAAACGCCACCCCAGAACUGUUAGGUUCUGCGGGCGCAAUCACCAUUACUAAAGAGGACACUGUUAUCUUAAACGGUGCAGGUUCUAAGGAUGUCAUCCAACAAAGAUGCGAACAAAUUAGAGGUGCUAUUGAAGAUGCAAGCACUUCUGAUUACGAAAAGGAAAAGUUACAUGAAAGAUUAGCAAAGCUUUCUGGUGGUGUUGCUGUCAUUAGAGUUGGUGGUUCUUCUGAAGUUGAAGUUGGUGAAAAGAAGGAUAGAUAUGAUGAUGCGCUAUGUGCAACCAGAGCUGCUGUUGAGGAAGGAAUUUUGCCAGGUGGUGGUACUGCAUUAAUAAAGGCAACUCAAGUGUUGGACUCUGUCAAGACUGAAAACUUUGAUCAAAAGUUGGGUGUUGACAUUAUCAAGGCUGCAAUCACUAAACCAGCUAAGAGGAUUGUUGAAAACGCUGGUGGUGAAGGAUCCGUUGUUGUUGGUAAGUUAUUGGACCAAUAUGCUGAUGAAUUCAACGUUGGUUUCGACUCUUCCAAGGGUGAAUACGUUGAUAUGAUUGAAGCGGGUAUUAUUGAUCCUUUCAAGGUUGUCAAAAAUGGUUUAGUUGAUGCAGCUGGUGUAGCUUCCCUACUUGCAACCACCGAAUGUGCUAUUGUUGAUGUUCCAGAACCAAAGGGCCCUGCUGCUGCUGCUGCACCAGGUAUGGGUGGCAUGCCAGGUAUGUUCUAA